ACACACAAGUUUAACACGUGAAAUAAAUCAUAAGAAUGUUUAAAGGACAGAACAAUAUGUUCUGGUUGUUACUGAAAAUGUCGUUCUAUUUGCAUCUUUGCAGUACCAUGCGAGUGAAAGAAUUUUACGAUUUGAAAAUGGCGACCUGCAACGCUUCAAACUCUGAUCAGUAUGUUCUCGAUUUCAAAACAUUGAACUAUUCGAUAAAGAAUAAUGUGGUUCAUUUUUACGGAAAUUUCACCGUCACCGAAACAAUUCAAGAGCCUUUGGAGUUUACCAUCAUCGCCAAUCGAUGCUCGCUGGAUAUGAAGUCCUGUCAGCAUUUUGAAACGAUCACCCUGUCCCGCAUCUGUACGUACAUCAACGACGAAAAUGGUUUGCUGGCGUCGUUUUUCAAAGGAAUCAAACCGACCCCACACUGUCCGAUUAAACCGGGCCUGUACACGUUCGAAAACUGUGCGAUGAAUCUGAAGUUUUUCACCACAUUUCCCAUCGAAGGAUAUCGCUGGCAGACUCAUCACAAGCUGGCCUUGAAGGGGAAAACUAGCAAGAAGGACUUGUACUGCCUUGCUGGGGAUUGCUCCGUCGGGUGGUAUGAGAAACCGUAACUUAUUU